CUCACAUUCUUUUCUUUUUCUUUUGGUUUUCCAAAACACCUAACCAACAUAUAAAAAAAGAAAAAAAAGAAGAAAAAAUCAAAAUUGAAAAAAAGAAAGAGAAAAUGGCUGCGCACGGUCGAGAUAUAGACGGCCUGGAAGAAGGCGCGGUUCGAUCAGCAGAGGAAAAUUACAGAAAAAGUUUAAAUGAUGAGGGCUCCACCUUCUUUACCUCAGCUAACGUUGUUGUUAUGAUUCAAAAAGUGAUUGCCGAGGCCGUUGGGACCUACUUCUUGAUAUUUGUAGGGUGUGGGUCAGUUGCUUUGAAUAAAAUCUAUGGUACAAUUACAUUUCCAGGAGUAUGCUUGGCGUUUGGCGUGGUUGUUAUGGUCAUGGUCUACUCCGUCGGCCAUAUCUCCGGCGCCCAUUUCAACCCGGCGGUAACCAUCACUAUGGCCUUUUUCCGGCAAUUCCCCAUCAGACAGGUACCGCUGUACAUAUUGGCACAGUUGCUGGGGGCAAUUCUUGCAAGUGGGACAUUGUACCUUUUGCUAGAUGUGGAUGAUGAAUCUUUCUUUGGUACUACACCAGUGGGGUCCCACAUUCAAUCCCUGGUCAUGGAGUUUAUUGCCUCGUUUCUCUUGAUGUUUGUCAUCUCUGGCGUUGCCACUGACAACAGAGCUAUUGGAGAAAUGGCAGGAAUUGCCAUUGGAAUGACUCUACUAAUCGGUGUUCUAAUCGCUGGGCCAAUUUCUGGAGGUUCAAUGAAUCCUGCGAGAACAAUUGGACCAGCUUUGAUCCUGCACAAAUAUACAGGUAUUUGGGUAUACAUAGCUGGGCCUCUUUUGGGCACAGUGUUGGGUGGAUUUGUAUACAAUUUGAUCAGAUUCACAGACAAACCACUUAAAGAAGUCGCUAAAUCCUCCGCGACUUUCCUCAAGAGUGCUUCUAGAGUCUUCUAGCUUCAACUGCAUCUACACGUGCGAUCAUUUUUGAGUGUUAGAGAUCAGAUGCAUGCAGCUUCAAAUCAAGGCUAUUUACUAAAUGUACUAUAAUUAACUUGUAUAUACCACAAGUGCAAUACUUGUCAAUUGGCUGUACAAAUCGAUAUGUAUGCAAAUUUUUGUUACAUUUUCAUUAAUUAUUUCCUACUGUUUGAAGAAA